AUGGCAUCGUUCCUUUCCGCGGUCCCAAUACCGUCCUCCCACGUCCUCGUCACCGACUAUCCCAAGCUCGCGCUUUUUGUGUUUGCGAUCGGGAGCUUCACCGUCGCUAGGUUCGCACUCAAGACCCUCUUCGUUCUCCUCCAGACAUUCGUCGUCUCAGGCAAGAACCUCAAGAAAUAUGGUGCUGGCAAGGGAGCUUGGGCAGUCGUAACGGGGGCUUCUGAGGGUAUUGGCCGCGAGUACGCUCUUCAGCUUGCGAAAAAAGGCUUCAAUGUCGUCGUGUCUGCGAGGAACGCGCCAGCUCUCGCUUCCUUGGUCACAGAGAUCGAGGGGCUGUCCUCAGGUGACAAGAAGGUGCAAGCAAAGGCUGUAGUCAUGGAUUUCUCCAAAGUCGAUGAUGCCACUCAAUGGCGAAAGUUCAGGGCGGAGCUUUCUGGUCUUGACAUCGGCGUACUCAUUAACAAUGCUGGCAAGUCCUACCAGUACCCUGAGGACUUGAGCGCAUGUGCCGAAAAAGACAUGGAAGACAUUGUUACCAUCAACGUCACCUCCCUCGUCCGCAUUACCCGCAUGAUUCUCCCCGGUAUGGUUGAGAAAAAGCGCGGGUUGAUCAUCAACAUGGGGUCGUUCUCUGGCACAGGUGUUGCAUCUCCCAUGCUUAGUACCUACGCGGGCACAAAGGCCUUCCUUUCCUCCUUCACCGGUUCUCUCAACGAAGAGGUCUGCGGCAUGGGCGUCGACGUCGAAUGCGUCAACACCUACUUCGUUGUCUCAAACAUGUCGAAGAUCCGUCGUGCGAGCGCUCUCAUUCCCACUCCCAAAGCGUUUGUCGGAAGCGUCCUUUCCAAGAUUGCCCUCCCAUGCGGUGCACUCUGGACCAAGCGUCCAGGAGUCGUUACGCCCUACUGGAGUCAUGCUCUUCUCGACUAUGUCAUGCACAUGAUUGGCUGGAACAUGCUCUAUGUCCGCUACACUCACUCUCUCCACAAAGAUAUCCGCCGCCGUGCCCUUCGCAAACUCGAGCGUGAAGCCAAAAAGCAGUGA